GAAAACAACAACAAUAACAACAACAUAAAGAUGGGAGGGCAAACAGAUAUAGGGAAGAUGGCAUUUGAUAUUCGAAACUUAAUCCGGGAGCGAACAAUACAGAAGGAGUUUAAUAAACCAGAAAAUGAAGAUGAAGAAGAAGAAGAGGAAGAAGAGGAUGAGAAGGAAGAAGAAGAGGAAGAUAUAGAUGUGGAUAACGAUCAAGAGGUUGACCCAGGAGCACUAGAACACACACAGACAAAACUCAAAUCUAAAUUUGCCAACUUCAGCGUUAUUUCUCUUCUUAGCAGACCAUCACCAGAGAAACCACAGGUUGAGGAACUAGAAGCAGCUAGACCUUUAUUUCCGUUCAUGUUCCCACCUCUCUACCCCUGGAGAGGGGGGAAGGGUGCCCCCUGGUCCUCACCCCUUAAGGGGGCCUUCCCCUCCCCCCUAGAUAUGUCCCCUUUCCUGCAGGAUCCACGACACCCUUUGCACUUGGCACAUUCUACUCUCUUUAGAUCGUGUGAUAAAAUGUUGACUGGUGUACACGGCCUGGACAGUAGACGGACACAGAUCGGCAAACGGCCGUAUGCUUGCGAACUUUGCAACAAAACAUUCGGCCAUGAAAUCAGCCUAAAUCAACACAGGGCUGUUCACAAUCUAGAGAAAGUAUUCGAAUGCAAACAAUGUGGAAAAUGUUUUAAAAGAAGUUCUACUUUGUCCACACAUCUUCUUAUACAUAGUGAUACCAGACCUUACCCUUGUCAGUAUUGUGGGAAACGGUUUCAUCAGAAGAGUGAUAUGAAGAAACACACUUACAUUCAUACAGAGGUCACAAAGUCAUACGUGUAA